CCCCCCGGCGGCGGAAUGGUACGCGCCGUUCCGAUAGAGGGCGGGGCGGCGGGCGCGGCGCCUCCUCGCACUGUGACACACGGAGCCGGCGCUGGCGGGGAGCGGAGCCGAGGUCUUCGUCGCGGCGGCGGCGACGGGGAAGGAGAAGCCUCCCUCCGGCACAGCAUGGAUGCCCUUCUUCCUCCUCCUCCUGCUCCUCCUCCUCCUCCCGGGCGCCCCUUCUGCCUGUCGAGGCGGUGGCCGAGGCGCUGCCUUCGCUGCUGUCCCUCCCACUCCGCUUGGCUGUCGCUCGGCUUGCUCCUCUCCCGACUCUGCUGCGGUGCCUUAGCUGGACCAGUUGUUGAUCCACAUGUGAGAGCAGUAUGGGGGAAGAAUGUUACACUGAAGUGCAUAAUUGAUAUAAAUGAAACGUUAACACAAAUUACAUGGGAGAAAAUACAAGGAAAGAAUGCUCAGACUGUUGCUGUUCACCAUCCUGAUUACGGAUUUUCUGUUCAAGGAGAUUAUCAAGGAAGAAUAUCACUUAAAAACACAUCACUUACUGAUGCAUCUAUCAUCCUAAAGAAUGUAACCUUCUCUGAUUCUGGACAGUAUGUAUGCAGAGCAGCUACAUUCCCACUAGGAAAUUUUCAAUCAACAACGUCAGUAACUGUCUUGGUUGAACCAAUUGUGAGCCUAACAAAGGGACCAAAUACUUUAAUAGAUGGAGCCAAUCAAACUGUUGCAGCCGUUUGCACAGCAGCCACUGGAAAACCAGCUGCCGAUGUUGUCUGGGAAGGUGAUCUUGGUGAAAUGGAAUCCACUUCAAUCUCUUUUCCAAAUGAAACUGUGACAGUGGAGAAUCAAUACAAGCUUGUCCCCACCAGGUUUGCUAGAGGGAGACAUAUAACUUGUGUUGUGAAACAUCCCGCUUUGGAAAAAGAGAUAAGAAUGGAUUAUGCAUUGGAUAUUCAAUAUUCCCCUGAGGUUACAGUAACCGGGUAUGAUGGAAACUGGUAUAUUGGACGAGAGAAUGUUUUACUCAGGUGUAAUGCUGAUGCAAAUCCACUGCCAAUGGAGUUUACAUGGAGUCGAUUAGAUGGAAGUUGGCCUGAAGGUUUGCAGCCCUUAAACAAUACUCUGCAUUUCAACAGCCCAUUGACUUACAAUUAUACUGGAACCUAUAUUUGUAAAGUGGCCAAUUCAUUGGGCCAAAGAAGUGAUCAAAAGACUAUCUACAUAUUAGAUGUUCCAUUUAAACAGUCAUCACCAGUAGCUGUAGCUGGGGCUGUAAUAGGAGCAGUACUUGCUCUGUUUAUCAUUACCAUCUUUGUGACAGUACUACUCACUCCUAGAAAGAAAAGGUCCUCUUACCUGGACAAAAUGAUUGAUCUUCCACCAACACAGAAGCCACCAUCUUCGUAUGAGGAAAGAGCUCGUUCCCUGUCACAGAAAGAAAUAAUUCUGCCAAACUACAGAGAAAAUCAGUGCCGAGACAAGGAAGCUGGAAACCUGCCACACAAAAUGGUAAACUGCAGGCAAUUCCGCUAUGAAGAUGAAAAUCACCUGCCUCAAGACAGCCAUCAGAAAAUGUACCCCGUUUUCAAACAAACAAAUUGCAAAGACUGGAGCAACAGGGAUUAUCCAAAUCCAGGCAACGGAAAAGUAUUUAUAAAUCCUAGGGAACAUUAUGUGUGAUUUGACUUCUCACAUAUGAAUUGAGGAAUUCUCAGCUGGGAAUGGAAGAAUUCUCACUUGUGAAUUGAGGAAAAUAAUAUCAAUGUCAAAACACUGUUUUAUACGACAUGGAUUUCAAGUUAAUGCAUGCCAUAGGUUCAGUGAGUACUCUGCUUUAUUUGUGAAUGAAGAGGAAGAUAAAAUAGUAGGAAAACCCAAAUGCUUGGAGAUUAUUGGUUCUUGAUAGAUAGAUACUGUUACAAUUUGCUGUUUUAAGUGCAUUAGUCACAAUAGUCUAUGUACUUUAAGAUUAUUCCUCUGUAGGUAAAAUAUGUAUCUAAUGAUGAAUUUAGAUGACUUGUCUUGCUGGUCCUCUAAAUUCUUUCUUCCUGAAACAAAUAUACCUAAUGAGUUUGCAUGAUCUCCUUUUGUCUACAUAGUUUAUGUCACUUUCCACAGCUCCUUAUUAAAGUAAUUUGGCUGCUCCUUAUUGGUCUAUGGAAAGUUGCAACAGGAUGACAUUACAUGAAGUUGUUCUUUAUGAUAUGAGAAGAUGGGAAUUUGUACUUCUGUUUUGGGGAGCAGCCAUACAUACUCCUAAGGACUAGCUUCCUUCCCAGAACAAUGCUGGCACUUUUAUUGUUCCUUGCAAAAUGCUUUCUUGCGCUGCUGGUACCAUAAAUGUCCUACAUACCAUUUGCUGACAUUGGCCAAUAAAUACUAUCCUGUCAUUGGUUCAAAAAUGUAAUGAUAUUGCUCAUAUCAACAGAAUAGAACUUUAAGAAUUCACGUCCUUAUUGUUUCUUUUUUCACUUGAAUGAAAUUAUCUUAAUAUUUUGCUUAAAAUUUCAUGCCAAAAAGAAACAAUUAAAAUGUUGAAAAUGGAAGAAGUAGCUUGCUGUAAAGAAAUAGAAAUAAAUGUAAUACAAUAGCAAUAAUUGUAUGUUGUUUCUGUUUUAUAGCUAGUUCUAUACAUUAUGUUUAAUAUACAGCUAGGUUAGUAUAGAGUUUUUCCUGCAUUUGUAAUGCAAUUUGUUUUCUAUUAAUCCUUUGGUCCAAUUAUAUGUAAUCAUAUAAAGCGUUCCCAUAUUAA